GAGAUUUGAGCACGUUCAGUUUUCGUCUGAACGCGCCGCGUGCCAGUGUGCCCUACCGGUAAAGACGGGUCUUUUUGGGGUUUUUCCUUUUUAUCGAAUCCACGAAUUACGUUAUUUUCUUUCUUAAAAUGAAACUUGCAACGUAAUCCAUUUCGUAACAUGUGCAACGGAUAGAAGUUUUCCAAUCGUUGCGAUUUAGUUAAUAUAUUUAAUUUGCGUACACCUUCCAAUAAUUUUUUGUAUCGAUUUCUCCUGAUUGUUAUUAAAUUUUUUCGAUCACAAUGGCGUCAUGGACGAACUCAAAAAGGAGUUUCAAAAUUUUCACAGUGACAGGUACGUACCGAAAAUAAUACACGACGUCACGACGUUCAUAUAAUAUAAUCUUACUAACUAUAUUAUUGAUGCCUCGACGGGAAAUAGCUGACAAACACGAAUCCGAAACCUCUCGAAUGAAAUCGUCGUGGCGGUGCAGGUCGGUGUGCUCGUAGCGAUCACUGGCUGCGCUUCGCAAACCAUUCAGAUAACGCCCAACGAAGAAGAACCUGUAAGAGAAGAACGGUCGAAAUACGGCGUGACGUGCUACGGUCCAAACCUCAGUGAAUUCCAAUGGCGCGGUCCCGCUGGCAUAAUAUCGCAGAGCCCCCAAUUCAGGGUCCAUUCGCAAAAGUUACCAAUGCAGCGGAACCAGACCGGACUUCUGUUGGUGUUCGAGACGGUCAAACAGGAAGACGUGGGCAAAUACUUUUGCACAGCGACCGGCAUGGACGGACGCGGUCAUGUCAUUAGCAUCACGUUGACCGUGACCAAAAUAUUGGAAUUCGACACGCCCGCUGAACAGAUCACCAACGAGUACACCGACUACUUCAUCAAGUGCAAGGUGAAAGGCAACUCAAACCCCACGUUUAUGUGGUCGUACAACGGUCAGACGUUAAAAGAAAAGACGACGAGCGGAAAAUAUUCGGUGCUAGAAGGCGGACUGAUGGUGCGAAACGUGACACACCUGGAUUCGGGCGAAUACACGUGCAGAGCCUUCGAGACCACUAACAAGUCUAGUGUUUCCGGAAUUACAGUUAUCGAAUUGAAAGUCAGACACAAACCGGUGUUUUUAAACCACAUGCAAGGCGAUCCCGUCGACCUGUACGUAUUCCAGACGGACUCGGUUAAUUUAUCGUGUCAGAAUUCAGCCGAACCGGCGGCAAACAUGACGUGGACUUUCAACGGAAAAUUAUUCACCAACCCGGCCGACCACUACCUCGUGACGUUCAACAGACCGGAAAAGUUGGGAUCGUACUCGUGCACGGCCACGAAUAGUUUGGGCAAAAUUACCAGACGGUUCAACCUGAUCGAAGGGUUCAAGCCAAAAAUGCCCAGCGGUCUGUCAGUGGCGCGUGUCGGCGACAACUUCAUCGAACUGCAAGUGGUGCCCAACGACAAAGGGGACGAGUUGAUUGGCUACAGAGUCGAGUACGUGACGAGAGUCGUGGAACCCAGCGGAAAGACUUUCGAAAGUUUCGACAUGAUGAACUUCAAUACUACCGAAGGUCCUUUCGUGCUCGUCAACCUCAAGCCGAACACCGAGUACAUAACGAAAAUCUUGGCGAGGAACCGGGCCGGAAACAGCGAAUACACCGAGCCGAUCGUGGUCCGGACGUCGCCGGUGAUCGUCACCAACGGAGCGCCGGCCCUUUUCGACGGGUUCCUCCUGCAGCAGCUGCUAGCCGUCGUCGUCGCCGCAUCGUUCGUGGCUGGACUGUAAAGGCCCCGCCGACCCUAUACAGACAGCCGCAUAAUAAUAUCAUAAUACAAAUUAGAUCGAUACACGUGCAGCCUUCGUAGAUCUGAAAGUAGCUAUUUUGUGUACAGGACUAAAGCGCCAUCGCGACGACGAGAUCUAUCCGUCUCUCUCUACACACACACACACACACACACACACACACACACACACACACACACACACACACACACAGAUACUAUAUACCGGAGCACAAAAUUAUUCUCCGACAGCCGCUUGUUUUUCAUUUCAUCGUAAAUAAUAAUAUACGCUAUGCGUGUCGCUUAUCGUCACGACGAUACAACAACAACAAUAAUAAUAUACUAUCGUCGCCGACUCUACAACAUGAAGUAUAUAUCUGUAUCGCAUACCGAAUCCGCGUGAAUGACGCUCCAAUAUAACAUUAACACGCUAUUCUAUAGGUACAGUACGUCGUAAUAUUACACACACACAUACACAUACACAUGCAUAAUACACGUGAUUUACACACACACACACGGACGUACGAGAUUUGGCUUUUGUCGCAGUAUAUUUCGUCGGCGACGGCUGUGUGUAAUAUUCGUGUGAGUUCGGUGGAGAGUGCGAGUAAAAUAAUAAUAAUAUGUCCGCCGCCGCAGUGCGCAAAAUAGUAGUGUUUUUACAUACACGCGCGCCCCGUCAUUCCGAAGUAAAAAUAAUAAUAAUAUUAUUAUUGCGUCGACGUAUUUAUUUUGUUUUGCCGACGAACGUCUCAGCUUUUUCCGUCGCCGCCGUCGAUAUACACGUGGCGACCUAGUGCGAAAAUAAUAUUAUAAAAUUAUUAACGCGUUUUUUGAGGUUUAUUUUCUUCGCCGUAAUAUUAUUUACAUUACAAUACUAUAUAUGAUAUAUAUAUUAACAUUAUGUAACUGUAAAUAUUUAAAUACUUUAAUACUACGAUAUUGUAUAUUUUACGUGUAUCUACUCUAGUGACGAUAAUCCUAUAUAGAUAUAUAUAUAUAUAUAUAUGUGUGUAUUAUGUAGGCAUUGUUAGGAUUAUAUUAUAAUUACAACGCGCAUUUUGUUUGAUUAUGAUACAUGUAUUGUUUAAGUGGAUAAAUAAACAGCUCCGAUCCGAUGUACGUGGCACAAAAAAAAAAUAUCAAAACAUGAUAUUUUCGACGCCGCCUCUCGGUAUAUUCGCGGUGCAUAACGACAAUAUUAUGAUCGCGUGCCGCGUAUAAUAUAUUAUAUUGUUAUGCGAACGAUGUAAAACUGUAAUCGAAUAAUACGAUAUGAUGACAUCGAUUAUUAUAUUGAUAAUAUAUUAUUAUUUUUAUUGUACUAUAUAUACGUAUGUUAAUUAUACCAUUACUUUAUAUUAUUAUUAUAUACAUAUAAUAUUACGACUAUUAUAUUAUUAUAAUUAUUAUAACUAUUGUAACAUUGCCUAUUAUUGUUUUUGUACGCGUGACGCGAGAAAAUGUGCCCUUUCGGAACGACGAAAAACGAUUACUACAAUAUACGUACAGUACUUACCAGCAACAACAAUACUACUCGUGUUGUACGUACACGUAGGUGCAUUAUAUAAUAAUAUAAGAAAUAAAAAGAAAACCGCUUGACAUGAAAAUAAUAUAUUGGCUUAUGCAAUUUUCUAUGUGCGCGUACGACACGCCGCGCCGGCGCAUGAUUUAUUCGGUUUCUAUUUUUUAUUUUCAUUUUUUUUUUUUUUUUUUUUCGUCCCUCGGUUUUUAUCAUUUUAAUAAUAAAGUGAACACUCUGUGACACGCCGUGUGGCCGCCGCCGCCUUUACAAUAAAACGGUUUUUACGACCAGAAUCUGACGUCGAGAACAACAUAAUAUACUUUGAAUAUUUAUUAGGUACGUCUUCCUCUCCCCCCCCACACACACACACAACCGCCACCAACCCCUUACGACACGGUUUCGCCGCGCGUUCGCGGAUAUACGUUAUUACAAUAUCCGCGUCGCCAUCAGUGCGGUGUCCUCGUGACUCGACAUGAUAGUAAUAGUGGCCCCGCACUGGAUUUUCGUCUGACCGAGCCAGCCGCGCGAGCAGCCAACAAAGUACACACACACACACACACACGAGCGCGUGUCGGCGAGCGGACGAGUGCGAGGGAUUUCGCGUAGGUACCUUUAUUGUGCACUAUAUUAUAUAUAUAUAUAUAUAUAUAUACGUAUGUAUGCGCGCGGCACUCGAUCGCGGGGCUAAAGACCUUUACAUAUUAUAUGACUGCGACGUUUUAGAUCCCGAGAGCAUCUCGUAUUUUUUUUUUCGUCCUUUCGUUUUAUCUCGACGCCCCCCGUCUUCCUCGUGUGUACUACUAUUAUGAUAUGAUAUAUAUAUAUACGCAUUGUUAGUGUCCUUAAAACGCCAAAUUCCUUACGGUUAAUAAACAUCGGUUCAUAUAAAAUAUAUAAUUUAUCGAUACGCGCAGCAUCGUUUUAUAUAGAGCACGCGACUAUAUAUAUUAUUACAAUAACGUUUAUAUAGCGUACCCGGAGAUAAUCUGUUCUGAACGAGAUCAUUUUUUAUUAUUAUUAUUGUUAUUAUCAUUAUUUCUACGGCAUAAUAAUAUACCUCUACGACGAGAUGCUCCGUAUCUUUUGAUCGUGUUCGACGACCGCGACCAUUGUUUAGAAAAUUUAUGCCCGUUUUACGUGGAUACACGAAAUGACUAAUAAUAAACGUGCAGUGUUUCCAUCGUCGACUCUCGAAGAGUGAAUUACUUUGAAGUCGAAUAAUAUAUUUUCCCGCUUUGAAAAGUGUUUAUUUCUGAUUAUAUUACCCGUGAGGAUUUUGGUGUGUACGAGAAACGAUUAGAAUUUCUUACCCGCCCGAACAGCCGAAUAUCAAUAUCAAUAUCAGUACUGAAUUUACGCGAUUCUAUGUGCACUCCUAACGCGUUGCCGUGGAUUUGAUCUCACAAUAUUAUAUAUUAUAAUCGAGUCUUCGCCGGACGUUCGGCCAGUGAUGUUGACGAUAUACGUGAAAAUAGUUGUAUAUAAUUACCAUAUCUGGACACAUCCAUAAAAUUAGCGUCGCUUGAAUAUUAUCGUUAUUUACGAUGGCCGUUUAAAAGUCGUGUCUCUAUGUAAUCAAUGAACCAACAUUGGUAAUGUGCGCGUCCCAAAAGUUCAAUAUCAGAAAAUAAUAAAAAAUUGACGUCUUAUUUUUUUCCUCCCACUGCGCACACGUAUUUAUUACGUGGAAACCGUUUUUCAGAAAGUGUUACAAUUUUUUUGUUCACUUUUUGUUUAUUCAACUUUAUUGUUCUUGUAAAACUAUUAUUAUUAUUACUGUCAUUUUUUUAGAUAUCUAAAAAUAUAUUUAUUAGAUUUUAUUGAUUUUAAUAUAAUAUAUUCUUACUCAUGAUAAAUUUUAUUUUAUAUACGUGUCUCAUCUAUAUUUUAUGAAAAAAAAAAGUAGCGAUAGUGUAAUGCACUAAUAUAUAUAUAUAUAUAUACGAUAACAUUUAAUAUUAUAUAAACAUAUAUAUAUAUAUAUACACGUUAAACUAGUGUUACGUCGCGCCAAUUCUUAAAAAAAAAAAUGUGAAUUUACUUUACGUAUAUGCAUGAUGUUAAAAGUAAAACUUAAAACCAUACUAUUAGUUUUCCCCUGUGAAAAUUGAUUUAUUAUAAUUGAUAUUUUCAUAACGAAAACAAAUGUUUAUAUAGAGAAAAAAAUCACUAAUAAAUGUUUAAUUGAGAA